AUGGCAUGCGAGGUUGCGCCGUCGCCAACCACCGACUUGGCCUUUGCCUGUACAUCUAUUGAAGAUAAUCAUGGCUUGGCUGCAGUUGCUGCGUUCAAUGCCGGCUGCGGCAAUGCCACUAUCGACCCCAGCUUCCUCGGCGCCUCUCCAUCAAGCUCACUCUCAUUCGAUCCUUUCGAGUAUCCAGCGGGCAAGGAUCACUCCGUACCACAAGAUCAACCAGACGAAUUGAUGAGCACGUAUUCACCACUGCAAGACAGGCCUGAAGCGCCAUACCUCCAAGUCGCGGAGCAGCGGAACGCACACCCACUCCAAGCGUCUACUGCCCGUCAUAGUUUCCGCCGCUCCGUCUCCGAGCCGCCUGACGGCCGGCUAAUGCGCAACCAGCAGGCUCAGUGCCAGCCCGUGUUUACCCGGGGUAAGACACUCAUCGGCACGGACGAUGUCCAACGAGCAAGGAAGUCAAUCAAAACGAAGGGCGCACGCGUGUACCCAUAUCCCAUCAAGACGAACGCUUCUCGAAGCCAACAGCAGCAGAGGUACCCGCUCAGGCGUGCUUACACUCAUUCGAUGCCGCCACAGGGACCGACAAGCGCGCCAGUGAUGAGCCCGGCGGUCCAAAACUAUUCGUUGGACUUGUCGCACGUCAUGCAUCAGUCGGCAAUAGUUCCAUCGCAAAUGAUGUUCGAGCCGUUGGCACCACUGCCCGAGCAGCAUUGCUUCUGGAACUCGAGAGUGUGCACACCAACACCGGAAGAGACUGGUGGACCAAUUAUCUCUGCUGGACUCCAGUAUGUCGACCCACUGCUCACCGCGCCGACAACGCCGACUAUGGCGGGGUGGGUUCAGCAGUCACAGUCUCAAGCGGUGACGCUACCGCUCAGUGUUGAAGAGUUGAGGGCCAUGAUCUUCGAAGCAGUGCAAAAGGCUGUCACUAGAGUGGACAGCGCGAAGGCUCCGGAGCUCGCGAUAAGUAUGGCUACCUGCGACGCAACGGUCCAAGCAGACAGGGCGCAGAGUCCGGGAGAGGACGUUGCUGGCAAUUGUGAGGCAGCGAGUCAGGGCUGCUAG